UGUACUGCUUGUGGUAAGGAAUAUAACAAGGAGCAUAAUUUGAAAUUGCACACAAUGGGGCAGCACGAGCAGGCGGUGAUGGAAGAUGGUAAAUAUGUGUGCACAUUGUGCCCAAAGAAAUAUAGUCGUGCAGCAGCAUAUUAUGCGCAUCUGCAAAUUCAUUGCCUCAACGAUUCACUUGUCUGUAUAUUUUGUAAAGAAGAAUUCGAUUUUCAGGCACUUCUGAAUAGACAUAUGCGUUUGCGACAUUAUUAUCCACGCAUGGAAGACGUUACAACAGUUAAAAUAUGCAAAAAAUGUGGCAUCGUUAUGUUAACCAAAGAGGCCAUGGAUGAGCACGAGCAGUUGCAUCGCAAAAUAAAGUAUGCUAAUUUUUUAUAUGCUAAUUUUGCUAAUUAUGCUAAAACGAUGAAGCGAAAGAAGCGAAAACGAGAGCCUGAUCCCGGCGACCGAGCACACAGAUGUACAGUAUGUAACAAAACUUUUUGCAAAAAAUUUGAGCUGGAUCGGCAUUUUGUUGUGCAUACAAAAGAGCGUCGCUUUAUUUGCGAUAUUUGCAAAAAACGAUUUUCUCAGAAAUCAUCAUUAGCGCAACACAAGCUUACGCACAGCUCCGAUACUGCACAGAUCCAUAAAUGUACAUUGUGUGAUGCCUCCUUUUCACAGAAACAAAAUAAACGACGAAGACUUGUUUGUUGCUGUAUUUGCGGGAAAGCAUUUGGAAAAACCUCGGAUUUGGUACGGCACUAUCGGAUCCACAGUGGCGAACGGCCAUACUCUUGUAAUCGUUGCGGGCGAACUUUCACCUUGAAAUCCUCGUUGAAACUACAUAUGGACAGUCAUGUUCGUGCUGAUCAUCCCGAUAAUUAUUAUACAUCGGCAAGAUGUCCUAUUUGCAUGAAACAGCUGGCUUCUGCACCAUCGCUGCGCCGUCAUCUUAAAGUGCAUAAGCGACCACUGGAACAUUGCGGUGUUUGUUCACAGGUCAGUUUUCUGAUAUUCAAAUUUUAUAAUCUUGUUAAAAGUGAAGAAUCGUGA